GGGCUUCUUGCGUCACAUGUGCGUUGUGAUACCGAUACAACCGCUGUCACGGUGCUGCCGGCGCUGAUCGCGGUUGGAAGAUUGGAUCGCUUGCACAGCUGAUUACACUGACAAAACAUUUUUCCAUAAAUCAGUUUUACAACUGCAAACUGUACCAUGAAGGACGGUCUGAGAGUGGCCUUCCGGUUCACAUAGGCAAGCUUGCACUGCUUCACAACUGCCAGAAGAAGUUACUGGUGUCUUACGAAGGAGCUCCUUGCAACAUAUUCAGAAACCAAUGCCAGAAUCGCCUCCCUGUUCAUUGAGGCGUCUAUUACUGCCGUGCCUCCCUUUUCUCCUCCUGCAUUUAUGCAAGUGGCGACUUUCCAGCGCCUCCGAUUUAUUCAUAUGUGGUGCGAACAUCACCUACCGGAUCGAGUGCUACCCGGGUGAACGAAUAGAGAUAGAAUAUUCCAUGAUCGGGCGGCACGCCAAUGACACCGUCAACUGUCUCAAGAACGAGCCCUUUGAUAUAGAGAAGGGCUGUGGCAUCAACGCCACCGUCCAAACCUCGUCAUUCUGCAACGUCAGCGCCUGCAGUAUCGAAUUUAAUCAGACGGACUGGGAUAAGCUGGUGAAACUGCAAAGUACUUCAGUCCUGAGCAAAGUCUGCCCGUCCGAAGUUCCUGUGUACAAUUACUUCAGGUACGAUUGUUACCUAAUUAACGGCUUCGAGAAAAAUAUGAACGACACAGUGGCAACCGGAAGAGCCAGGACGCUUCUACGGACAUCAACGCUGUUUGCCAUGUUGCCAGGCCUGUGUAUCAGCGCACUGUUUGCUGGAAUCCUUGGAUGAACAAUAAUGACCUCUGAUUUGUUGAUGUUUGAUCCAAAACACCUUUACUUUCAUAUUUAUUAAUUUAUUCAGCUAUUAAUUAUUUAUUUAUAGUGUCGACUUACGACCUGCGAGGUGACUUUCCACCGUCGUGUAUUAAUACUCACCCUUGUCACACUCCACCGGGACCCCUGUCACACUCCACCAAGGGUGAGCACUUCUUGGCUCGCACUCGAGGUCAAAAACUCACGUGGGCCCACGAUUUUUACAUUGUAGAGGGGUAACAACCAGGGCUGGCUAUGACACCCCCGUCCCCUCUCUAUCCCUGACCGUCACAGACAUCUUGCCAUUUUCAAUGCUUAUUAUACCUUCAACAAAAUCUUAGACGUGACGGAUAAAUACACCCCUCUCGGUUGUUCUGCAGGUGAACCUGUGUGUGUGUGUUAGUGUUUAAAAUGUAAAGGGAGAUCUGACAUCUGUAAGGAAGUCGCUGGUGAUUUGUUGUUUUGUUUUGUUUUUUCAUGUCUGAGAAGUUUUCAAUCUGUCUUAGUACCCUAAAACUAUACCUUUGUAAUUUUUCGAAUAAAAAUAAAAUACUACAGAGAACUUCUUUCAAAAGGUUAAAUAUUUCCGGUUGUUUCUAAACGUUCCAAUGACCGCUUACUUCUCAAAUUUCGCUCAGCUUCGGCUUGCCAUUGUAGUGUACCCACAGUUAAAUAUCUUCACUCUUACCACUCGAUCGCCCCUGUCUCUUUAGUGAUGUCAAUGGUAAUUAGAGCCUACUUAUUUCAGCAUGAGUAGGAGCCAUAUGAGAGGUGUAACUCCUGGCAAAAAUACGAAGUUGUGAUUCUUAUUGAUCAUGCUACUAUUUAUAGGUAUCCAGGAAACAACAUACAUGUACUUUAGAUUAUAUAAGUCUGGAAAAUAACUAGCGAGGAGCCCAUGAGGCGAGAGCUCUCGUAUUGGUAAAGGUGCAAAAAGUCUUAGCAUGGAAGUGUACGUUCGUGGUCUUAGCACUUUUGAAGAAGUUGAUGAACUUUACACAGCAGAGAUGGUUGCAGUAGACAUCAGUAAACUUCUUAGCCAGAAAAGUUGAAGGAUGUCAGAUCUUGUAAGCUUCAUAACAAGCGGUCUGCCAGUAUGUGUGCAUUUACCAGUUAAUCACCGAGUGCAGUUGGACUUAACCUUAAGAUUGAGGGGAGGAAGAUAUGCCUGCUAUAGAUAGUGAGAAACAGGUCUUAUGUAUGUUUGAUAUAAAGAAUGAACUAAGAACAGUGUGUAAUGCACAAGAAGAGCUAAGUGCUAGUGUAAUGCUAAAAACUGAAAACUCUGUUUGCUUAGAUUCCGACAAAAUGAAUUCCGAACAAAUCAGCUCCAUGCAGCUCGAGAACAGCUCUAGUGAAGAACUCCAUCACAUAAAAAUUGAACAUGCUACGCAUAUGCAGCAGACAAACUGGAAGUUUGAGAGUGUUGUGAAAGCGGAGUGCAGCUCUCAAGAUGUCACUUGUGCAUUUAAAACUGAAAAUGAUUUCAUGCACAAUGAAAAGACUAAUUGUUCUAGUAAUAGUAAUGAGAAAUUUCAUUGGAACUGCCAAGUCAUUACCGAAGAAGGGAAGAGAAAGAAUUUUCUGCAUUAUGGUGAAAACGCAGAACAGCCACUUGCUUUUGUGGUCAAGGAGGAAGGUCAUUCAGGUCAAGGAGUUAGUGCUGCAACAGAAGCAGAGGAAACAGAAGCAUACAGGGAGCACAUGGUUGCAUGGAACUUAAAGACAGACAGAACAAUAGGGCAGCAGGAAGUGCAGGGGGAAUCACAUGAGAUGCAGUGGAGCUGUAAGAAAUAUAAAGAUAUUUCAUUAUGCUUGUCACCACCCAGUAUGCAGGAGAUGAGUGCUGCUGGCUGUAAAACUCCUGAGGUGAUGAAUAUUGUGACUGAAAGUCAUCAGCACCAGAUACACCUGAAUAGGACAGAAGAUAUUGUUGAGUCUGAAAACCAGCAAGUCAAAAAUGAUACUAAAUCUUAUCAGUGCAAGUUGUGCACAUCUUCUUUCAGAACUUCAACAUUACUAACAAGACACAUGGUGGUCCACAGUGAUGUUAAACCUCACCAGUGCAAUGUCUGUAAAACUGCCUUCAAAAGAUUAUCCAAUUUGAAAGAACACACGCUAAUCCACAGUGAUGCUAAACCUUACCAGUGCAAUGUAUGUAAAAUUGCAUUCAGAAGAUUACCCCAUUUGAAAGAUCACUUGCUGAUCCAUAGUGGUUUUAAACCUCACCAGUGCAGUGAAUGUGAAGCUGCUUUUAGACGUUUAUAUGAUUUAAAAAUGCACAUGGUUAUUCACAGGGAUGUUAAACCUUACAAGUGCAGUGUAUGUAAAUCUGCUUUCAAAACGUCAGGCCAUUUAAGACAGCACAUGCUGACCCACAGUGAUGUCAAGUCUCACCAGUGCAGUGUCUGUAAAGCUUCUUUUAUCCGUUUGUCCUAUUUAAAACUUCACAUGAUGAUCCACAGUGAUGAAAACCCAUAUCAGUGCAUCAAGUGUAAAUCUACUUUUAAAACUUCAUACACUUUAAAACGGCACUUGCUGAUCCACUCUGAAGCUAAUCCUCACCAAUGUAGCGUGUGUAAAACUGGUUUCAAGUGUGCAUCUGAAUUAAAAAUGCACCUUGUUACCCAUAAUGUUGUUAAAGUUCAUCAAUGCUGUGUGUGUAAUGCUGCCUUUAAAAGAUCUCGCUCUUUGAAAAAGCACAUGUUGACUCACAGUGAUGUUAUAUCUCACCAGUGUAUGCUAUGUAAAUCUACUUUCAAAACCUCAAACACUUUACAGAGGCACUUGCUGGUCCAUAAACCACACCAGUGCCGUGUGUGUAAAGCUGCUUUUAAGAGUUCAUAUCUUUUACAAAGCCAUAUGACAAUUCACAGUAACGAACAACCUUACAAAUGUAGUGUAUGUAAAGCUGCAUUCAUUAGACUGUACUCUUUGAAACAGCACAUGCUGAUACACAGUGGUGAUAAACCUCUUCAGUGCAGUGUAUGUAUGGCUUCUUUUAAAACCUCAUGCACUCUAAAAAAGCAUUUGAAGAAACACCAUUGAAAAGGAGUUUGUUAUGGUUGUAGGAGAUUGAAGCAUUCCUGCUUUUCCUGAUGUUAUAAUUAAAUGAUAAUAUUUGUUAUGGAAUAAAUCUUAUCGUUCUUGU